AUGGGGCAUUUAAAGAGAAUGGGUUUGCAUCGUUUUGGAUCAUUGCAUUUUCACAGAUUGAACCCUGCACUUUCGUAUUCUCUUUGCAAUUCUUCCAGAACCUUUCUCUCUCUGUUCUCUACUGUUGCUUCUUCCCCAUCUCCGGCCUCGGCGGAACAAAUUUCCAUCGUUGAUUAUCUAAGCACCAACUUCAAAUUCUCUAAAGCUCAAUCCGUCCGUAUCUCAAAACGACUCUCUAAGAUUAGGUCUCCUCAGCAUCCAUGGACGGUGCUUGAUUAUUUUAAACAGAUUGGACUUUCUGAAUCGCAGAUUCAAACUACGAUUAGUCGUCAACCCGAAAUAUUGUUAUCACAUGUGGAUAAAACCCUGAAGCCAAAAAUUGAGUACUUCCAGCUUCUAGGGUUUCAGGGUCUUGAGUUGGGUGAGUUUCUCUCAAAGAAUGGACUUCUUCUGAUGCGUAGUUUGAAUAAAGCUGUGGUGCCCUGUGUGGAAUGUCUAAGGAAACUUCUUAAUGAUGAGAAAGAUUUAAUUAAGCUGCUUCGAAGACAUGCCGAGUGGAUAAUUCCAAACCAACAGAGGGUUUUGGACAAUGCUGCUUUCUUCAAGAGUUGUGGGAUCGUUGGGUCUCAACUUUCAGUUUUACUAACACGUCGCCCUCGUCUUUUUGUAACAAGACAGUCCCUGCUUCGAAACUAUGUCUCGCGGGCUGUAAACAUGGGUUUCUCCAUAGACUCGGGAAUGUUGGUAUAUGGCUUCCGGAUAAUUAGUGAUAUGAGCAUUGUUAUGUUUAACAGAAAGGUGGAAAUAAUUCAGAGCUGUGGGUUUUCCAAAGAUGAGGCCAUGCAAAUGUUUAGAAGAAGUCCAGGGUCACUUGGCAUGUCUGAGAAGAGGCUAAAGUUUAAAAUUCAGGUGUUCUUGGAUAAAAUUAUGCUGCCUAGGUCACUACUGGUUAAUAACCCUGUGAUUUUGACGAUGAGCAUGGAGAAAAGGGUGAUUCCUCGCUGGAGGGUACUGCAACUGCUAAUGUCAAAAAAUUUACUCUAG